GGGAACGCGGCUGCUCGGGAACGGGAGCCGGCGGCCGGUGCGUCCUCAGUCCGGGGGGCGGUCACGCGGCGACUCGAGCCGGUACCGUCGACCGCGCGUUUCACAGCUCGACAUCACCGUUAUGGAGCGGCAGCCACUGGCCUACCCGACCACGGAGAAGGGCGCGCGAAAGCCAAAGUGCGCCCGCUGCCGCAACCACGGCGUCAUCUCGUGGCUCAAGGGCCACAAGCGACACUGUCGCUUCAAGGACUGCGCGUGUGCCAAGUGCAGUCUCAUCGCCGAAAGGCAGCGCGUAAUGGCCGCCCAGGUAGCCCUGAAGCGGCAGCAGGCGGCCGAGGACGCCAUUGCCAUGGGUCUGCGAGCAGUGGCCACCGGCUCCUCGUGCGCCUACCUGCCCCCGGGACCCAUCUUCGGAAUGAACAUGACGCAGUCUCAGGCGGCCGACCAGACCGCCACCGACCACGAGACGGAGGAGUCAGCUGCCAGUGACGAGGAGUCACGAGCUCCUCCCGCCGACGACUCGGGCGACUCUGGCGAGCCGGCCGAGCGCUCAGCGGCCGCCUGGUUCGGCCACAUGCAGAUCCUGCGGCGCAUCUUCCCCUCGCAGAAGGCAUCCGUGCUGGAGGAGCGGCUCGAGGCCUGCUGCGGCGACCUCGUCAAGACCAUCGAGCACUUUAUCGGCUCGGGCAGCCGGGUGCGGCAGCAGCUGCUGCGGCCGCUGCAGGCCGGCUGCGUCACCACCUCCGCCGCCGGCGCGCCGCUGCUCGUCGCCGGGCAGCGGUCGGCGUUCGCGCCGCUGUGCCAGCCGCCGCCGCCGCCGCCGCCGCCCCCACCGGCCCAUCAGCCGCGGCUCUCGCCAUUUUCAGUCGAGGCGCUGCUCUCUCGGCCGCUACCGGCACCACCUCUGUACGGAGCGCCGCUGGGCCUGCUGCCGCCGCCCGGCUGGCACCCCCUGCGGCCGCUGCCGCCGGCUGCUGAGCCGGACAAUCGGGACGAGCAGUGACCUGACACGACCAGACCUGACCCCCUGCGGCCGCUGUCACCCGCCGCAGACACCGACGACCGGGAUUAGCAGAGACCUGACCUGACCUGACCUGCCAGGACCUCGACAGGUCCCGGCAGGUCAGGUCAGGGUUGACCCUGCCGGAACGGUCGCCAGUUGUGUCUGUUGGCAGCUUUUCUUCGGAAGAGGAUAAGUAUGCAGCCAAUUACGGGGACAAUAAUCAACUGCGCUACCACCUGAAUUCAGGGAAUAAGUAGGUAGACAAUGCGCAGGUCCCGGCUGUCUUAAUAAUUCGAAUCUAAGGCAAAUGAACAAAUGUAUCGCCAUGUAUUGGCGACUGUGUUGUAUCAGCGCGAGUGUUGUCAGGCAUGGUGGAGUUUUGUGCCGUGUGUCAGUGUGUUUGCCCAUGUGCGAUGUGCACAUGCUGUAAAGGCCUCGGUACUGUGUUGUUGGUUGAUCGUCAUUUUAUUGUAUCUGCUGUAACUCUCAGUUACAUACGUGUGGUUCAGAUUGUUUCCGUUGUUUUAAAUACGGGGCGAUAAAUAGGGACAAGGAAACCCGAAACUGAUAAAACUGUCGAAGAAUCGAUGCUUUUUUAGUCUAACUAUCAAGCUCAUUUGGAAACCGGGCGCCAGAAGAAAACUUCGUGUCAUUUAGCUCGACCUUAUGAAGAAGCGUAGACAGGGUAUCAAUGAUGGUUCGCAUCUAAGGGACAAAUAUAAAUAAAAUG